AUGGGAUCUUCUCAUUCGGCUCCGCGUCGGGUGUCCAGUCGAAGGUUUCGAAGGCGGAGCUCGGAUCCACCCAGUUCCCCAUCCUCCAACUCGUUUGGUGGAGAUUACGAGCAAGCUGCUGCUGCUGCUGCUGCUGCUGCUAACAAUAAUGCUGCCAAUGGAAAUGCUACAAACUUGCCGCAACGGUGGCCCACCAGUGAAGAAUUGCCGUCCUUACUGGAAGAAAAUGGAGCGGAUAACAGUCAACGGUCGGAUCCAGGAGACAAUUCGGAACACAGCAGCGUCCACAGCAUUCACGAACCUUUGACCAACAAUAGCAAUUCGAGGACUGGCAAAUAUACGGAGCUAUCAGUCAUUCAAUCGGGACAGGUACUCCAUCAGGAAGAUAUGAAUGUCUUUCCGAGUGAAGAAUUUUCCGUUCCGGGCAUCCCAGAGGCCAGCGAAGAAUUUGUCAUUUCCUCCUCCAAACCGAAUGAACAGACGCAAGUGUGGACCAAUCAAUACCCCGAUGGGUAUCGUGAUGAUGAUUCUGCCACCAUGGAUUACUCGGUACCGACUUCCAUGCCGGUCUUGGACUUUUAUCCGCACGGAAGUAGGAACAGCGAAUGGAUGGGACGAAGCAUUGAAACUUUGAUCUUGGGAUACUCGUCGCCAGUCCCCAUUCUGUGUCUCCCACAAGAUGAGGAUUAUCAACAAAAUGAAGAUCUUUCCUUUUGGGGACCGGUCCGGCGGCGGAGUACGGUCAGCACGCUGGGCAGCAGUGCUGGUGCUGGUGGCGGCAAUGACAAUACUGCUAGUAACAGCAAUCGAAGGGGGAGCCUCGGAAGUUUUCCCGGCAGUCGUCGGGGGUCUUUGGUCGGAAGUGGAAAUAUGCACGGAGGGACUCUGGCCAAUUAUUACUCGCGGCGGAAUCGCAACGAAGGCAGUGGGCAUUCCAGAAGUGGCACCAUUGCCCGUGCCAUGCGCCGUGGGGCUACUGGGGCCUCGGCGUCCGAGACGGAACGCAGCAGUCACUCGCACACUGGCGUUACUAGAAGUAAUACCAUGCAACGGCGAGGGACUGGGUCGUCUACUACUACUUCAAUGUUAGAUGGUGGAAGUGGACACUCGAGCUCGGGAGCGAGACGGGAAGGUAGCGGACAUUCGCGCUCAGGAACGAGAAGGGAAGAAAGUGGACAUUCGCGCACGGGAAUGUCCAGGACUGCGCAACGAAGUGGGACUGGGUCUUCGGCUGCUCCGCUGCAAGACGGCAGUGGCCAUUCUCGGAAUGGUGGUGGUGGUGGCGGUGGUGGAUUGACCAGAAGCGAGCACUCGGCCACUGGUGGAAUGUCUUCCAGACCCAUGAAUCGACGAGGGACUGGGUCGUCGGCUCCCAUGAAUCGGCGAGGGUCCUCCUCCCAUGGUCCGGCCUAUCGUCGGCGCAUGAGUGCGACUCCCAGUAACGGAGUGGAAGCAUCCGGAAACAGGGGAGGCCCGAAUGUCGCAUUAUCUUUGAUUGCAAGGCAAACUACUGGAAAAUUCAUUACAAGGAAUCGAAUGCCACCCGUCAAGCGACUGCGGAAACUGGGAGGACAUGCACUCUUUAAUAAUUUGGAUAAACCAGCUGGUGGCAUGUGCUCCGAAGUUGCAUUUUUGAAUGAAGUGAUUGACAGUGGGGAUUGGGCGGAAACCAAGACUGUGGUGUCGCGGAUUGCACCACGAUUGAUUGGAGAUCCCGCAGCAUUGGCGCAAGAACAAAUGGGUGGGGAACGAGAAACACCGAUUGACGAUCCCAACUUGCCACCGACUGCAUCUCGAUUCUAUGCGGGCGGUGGGCGAUUGGGUUUGGAACGGGAUGCCUUUGUGCAAGCUGGUGGAAUUCAAGUCAUAAUUCGAGUCUUUCGGGAAGCGAGUUUUGUGGGCGCCGAAAUGGCAAGAAGCUACGAUGCUCGAGAUGUUCCUGAAGAGUUGGUGGUUUCACGAUUGACACUGUGCUGGAACGAAGUCAUGGCGUCUCUAAGGGAACUGGUCUAUGCCAUACCUUCCUUGGUGGAAGACGGGGAUAUUUUUGACAAUGGGGAGUUCCUACCAUUUUUAUUUACCCUCUUGUCUCAUGAUUCUUGUUUUGAUGGCGCCGCCACACUGAUUGAAGAGAUUGUGAGUCUUCAGCUAAAUGCCUCUCCACCACCAGCACCAGCCGACGACGAUGUAGACAUGCAACUUCCCGGCCAUUAUCCUACUGUCAGAGUUUCUCCGCCGUCGACAUUCUUCCUUGGCAAUGUCCCGGAUCUGUACAAACUUUGGAGAGGAUUCAGUUGCCGACAGCUGGCUCAUUUUAGCCGCAUUCUAGCUCUGCUGAUAUUUGAACCAGAAGAUCGGCAAUUAUUGGAAAGUCCUGCUGUGCUAAAAUCUAUCGAGCUGUUGCAAUUGCGACGGAAUAGAGCAGCUCGGGCAGGCAGAGAUUCCACCAUUGAUCUGAAUCAAUCGAUACUGAUUGGCGAUGAGACGUUGGCACCGAGAUUGCUCAGGCUUUUGAGUAUCAUGAAUUAUGCACCCAGUAUCCGCAGAACGACUCCUUAUGUUGUCAUGGCACGGUAUCCAGUGAUUGCUGACACUCUGAUAAUGCUGGGUCUGAGCGAGCUUGAUCAAUGGAAAGAAGUGGAGAGAGUUGAAAAGCUGGCUCGAAAAAUGCUAGACGAGGAUUAUGAGGACGAGAAUGAGGAUGACAAUGGUGGUCGAAAUCGGCACGUUAACGAGCUCGGAAACGUUGCAGAGAUGAUGGAAGAGUUGGUGGGCGGCCUCAUGGGCCCUCAAGCUGCUACAAAUCAGCUGGCAAGAAUAUUGAUGGUUCUGGCACAGGCUCAAAUUUCACGGCUUAUUCCAGGCAUGCCCCGAGAUGGCAGUGAUGGUGGUCUUGGGGAGAAUGUUUUGAACCCUUCCGAUCCUGGUCUUAUGUCAGAGCAGAUGAUUGGACGUCGAAUUAUGUCAUUAUCACCAGGAAAUAUUGGAUUUGACGAGAACGGAAGGUCGCCAGUGGACGAAAAUGGACAGAGGCAUCCAGCAAGUAGUCGAUCCCGAAUUCAAACACCACAGGACGCUGCCAAUUUGUUGCAACUAAACGCCUUCCUACUUGGACCUUUUCAAGUGGAAGUUUUGUUUGUCUUGUGUACACUAUUGGGAGGACGACGAAAGAUUGAUACUCAAGAACUGCUGAAGAAGCAUGGCAUCAUUUCAGUCCUCGACGAAAUGUUUCAUCGCCUCCCUUGGGCUGCCGCUACCGCGUCUCAACAGUCCAAUUCCGAAGGUGACACGGGUGAUUCUGCAGAUGAGGAGGACCCAUAUGCAAAUGCAUUGAGUGGUCAAGGGGGUGAAUGUACCCCAGAGAACGCUCUCUGCGUGCAAUAUCUCCGCUUACUUCACAACUUCUGCGAUAGAGAUUGUGACAACUAUGCUGGCCGUCGACUCCUUUUGAGUCAAGGCGAGCGCAAUCAUGUCUUUGAAAGGGGAAAUCCAAACGAUGUUUCACAACUUCAGCCUGGCUUGUUAUCCAAAAUUACGACGGCAUUAAUCGGCGAAGUUGAUGAAUCACCGUACCGAUUUUGGCUCGCCAGUUGCAUUGAAUCCUAUCUACGCGGUUCCUCACCAGCCGAGCAGGUAUUUGUUGCCCAAUCUGGUCUUUUAAAGCACUUGGUGAAAGACAUUACAAGUGAUUUUCUUCAUUGUGCUGGAAGUCUUCAGACUUCGUUCGAUCUGCUUGGUGAGCUGUGCAAAGGAAAUUCCGAAGUUAUUCAUUUGCUGGUCAAGGAUCUAGAUGAAGAAAGCUUUCGCAAGUUGAUGAGUGUUGCAGCUGCAAAUCUCGUGGAUUCCAAUGUGUUCCUACGGUCACUGUUAUUGACAAUGGAACGAAUGUCUGCAUCAAGGAGAUUAAUGCCGUUGCAUUUGGAUCCAGAAUGUUUCGCCAUGCGACAAGGAACUUGGAAGAGUCAAAGCGGAGUUGAUUCGCGUGCUUACGUCACUCACUCUUGGUGGGAUACAGAAGUGAAGGAGCCAUCCAAAACUGAAGAAAUCAACGGCAAGGCUGAAAAUCUGCAAACUCCUACCGAACGAAAGCAAGACAAGGCUCGUGCUUCAGAUUGGUUUCCUUCCAGUGCCAUGAUCACGGCCUACAGGAUGCGACCUCCAGGGACAAUUGAUCCCUCGCUAACUGGCCUUCACGACGGAGUUGGACAUUUUGGUUGGGUCUUUACUCCUUUUGGAGAGACCUUGGCUACCGCAACCCAUGAGCCAAACACUGUCGAGCGCUUGUCAUGGUUCUUGGCAGCGAAUCAAACACGGCUACUACGAGACUUGUUGGGUGUUGUUGACUUGAGAAAUAUCAACCAUGAAAAUAUUUGCUGCUUGAAUACUGCUGUAGUGAUUGCGAUCUUUGCGUCCCGGCGAAACGAGCUGGGUAACUUGCUUCAAGAUCUUGGUCGAUUGAACAUUGAAGAACGAGAAACCAAACGCAGAGCACGCAAUGCUUCAAGCGAUGACAAUGUCAUUGACCGAGCCUUUGCACAAGCUCUAAAGUACAUGGAUAUGGACGAAAAAAUUGCGCCGGCACCCUACGCACGUCGAGCUUCUGUGAGCCGCCGUGCCUCGCUGACCUACUAUGGUACCAAGGGUGAAAUUGGAGACAAGAAUGAUGUGCUUCGCAACUUUCGCGAAGUCCUGUGGUUCUGGAUUGAGUAUUACACUCACCGUGGCCGUGAUCGUUUGUCAUUGGAAUACUCCUCGCAUUUGAGAUUCCAAGAAUGGGUCGAUGUGGUCUCCUUGCUCAGUGCUGACGACAGCUCUCCAACAUCGUUGGUCCACCAACCAGUUCGUUUGCCACGUAGCCCCUAUGGACGUUCCGCCCGAGUUUUUGACCGUUGA